AUGGCUACUACGAACCCACAACUGAUGCAGUAUGAGCCGGCUCAACAGGAACAAUACACCGACUUGGUUCUAGAGUGCCGGGGCACCAAGUUCCCCGUCCAUCGAGUCAUCGUCUAUCCGCAGGUCCCAGCCAUCAAGGCUUCCUGUGAGGGGGGUUUCAAGGAGACGUCGACUCGGGCUUAUUCAUUCGUAUCAGUUGAACCAUCCACUGUGGGUCUUCUGGUAGAAUACCUCUAUACCGGGAACUAUAGUAAAAAGACCGAGGAGCGUGAUAAUGGAGAUUAUUUUGAUAUACAACCGCUGCGGGACCUAGUCCACGUGAAAGUGAAUGAGGUUCUCACGACACCAUGGUCUCCAGCCAGGUUUGUAGAUGUCAUCGAUGUAGCAUUCCAAGUGAACGAUGAGACUCUACACAAUCUGAUGGUCACUACAGUCUUGAAUCAUCUGGAUGAUUUCAUACAUCCCGAUCGGCCGAGCGAGCUCUUUUCGGAUGAGCUAUGUUACCGGGUGCUGAAAUCGCUGGAAGACGAUCUCAAGGUAGCACGUGAGAAGGUACAGGGCCUCGCUCUGGAACUCCAAAAGGCGUAA